AAUACUAUUGGAGGUCCAAUCCAUCAAGCCAUGCAACAAAGUUUAAUGCUUUCACCUAACCAAAGACCCGUAAUGAUUAAAUUAGCUCCAAAGCUUACACUCAUAAAUAAAAGUGGGUCUGAGAAAAUAAUUGAUACUGAGAAUCUGGACACCAUCAGUGAAUAUAGAGAUAUAUGAAACGAGCUAAUCUCUGAAGAGCCCAAACCAUUAAAGCUCAGAUACUCAGAUCCAACAUCGGUGCCUAAGUUUGAAAAUGACCAAGAAGAUAUAAAAAUAGUCAAAGAAUUCAACUCGAUCAACUCUGAUGAACCAAAGUCCUCAUCUGGCAAAAAUGAUGCAGAGACUAAUGAUUCUGGCUUCAAGUUAUCAGGUGUUAGCCAGGAUAAAAUUUCUGAAGAGAAGAAAGACUCACAAGGAACAACUCCAUCAAGUGGCCUACCCAAGGGAAAUUUGAAAAACUCCUCUGAAAAAUCUGAGAAAUCCUCCAAGACACUUCCAAAGGAAGAAGAUUACCAAAGUGAAGAAGAUAGUAUAGGAGAAGACACCCCAUUAGCUCAGAUGAUCCAUAACUCCAAGCUCAAGACACACUUUUUAGAAAUGAAGGUUCUAAAAACUCCAUCAUCUGAAAUCAGGUUGAAAAAUAAAAAAGUGAGGAAAUAACAUUCCUCAGCCAACCAAUGACAAAAAUAGCUUAGAUAAUGGAGAUGACUCUGCUGAGAGCCCUUAUACUGACCAAGGAGACUUUAAUAUCUCUUUAGCUGUGUACAACUCUUACACAGUAAGAAGAGAAAGGAAGAAGAAAUCUCUCGAAUGCAGCACUUCUGGAACUAAAGCUAACUCUGCCCUAAAACCUCCUAAUUUGGUUGAAGCUCCUUCUCAAGAGGAGUCUAAGCAAUUCCUUGGUGCAGUGAAGCCUGGCAAAGAUACUAACAUUCAUGAGCGUAACAAAAGAAAUAUCAUUAAAAGAGUUGUAAAGCAAAGCAAGAGUGACAUUAAGCCCUUAGAAGUUACAACAGAGAAAAAGCCAACCUCUUCUCAAAUCCUGAGGAAGGUCUUGCAUAAACCUAGGUCUGAUGUAAAGAAAGGUAUAAAAAAACCUUUUGAAAUUCCCAGAAAAAGUGAAACUUCACACACUGAAAUGAUCCGAGAGUCUAAAUGGCUUUCAAAUAAAGUUCACCAACCUAAGAUGCACAAGAAUGGGAAACUUAAUAAAAACAUGUUCAGAAAGAUUAAGAGUACUCAAAGGUAUAUUCACAAAGGAGCCUCGAAGAAUUACCCAAAGACGAUGCAUUCUACAAACUGGAAGGGAUCCAAGCCUAUUAUCCCAUACUUAUCUUCAAAGAGCAUGAGCGAAUCAUUGAAUAAGUUUUGAGCCCCAAGAGAGCAUAAAACUGCUCCUCGUAUAAACAAGCCAAGAAGAGAGUCCAAACAAGAUUCAAAGAUUUUGAGUCUAAUUUACGGCAAUGCAACUGAAUCUCCAACUGGAAGAGGCCAAAAACACCUUAAAUUCAGCCAGGUGCAAAGAAAAUAGUGUAUAUUUUUACACA